AUGUACAAAUCUUUCCUUCCACGCUCACCAGCAUCUUCCUCAGAUCCAGCUCCAGACUGGAACAAUGUGGCAGCAGAUUACAACUCCACACACAUAUUCCGAUUCUCUCACGGACUGACGGGAACCGAUCCAAGGGCAGACUGGUUCUACCCUACCGCAAUCGGCUACAUCUUUGCCUUUCUCCUGAUUACAAUCUUCCUCCGCCGCAUCUCACUUCUCCUCUUCACCACCCUCCGUCAUAUCUCUACCGCCGGUCACACCCACCACGAUCAGCAGAUCUGGUCCAAAAACAUGUUUCCUUUCUACUCGACCCUCAAAAGACGUCUUCUCGAUGCACCUCUUUUCAAGCAUCGCCACAACGAGGAGUUCCACCUCACCAAGCGAAUCAGUCUCGGCACACUGCCAACCCGAAACCACACUCUCAUUCUCACCAUCUACAUGCUCUGGAACCUAGCAUUCUGCCUCGCCCUCCCGUGGAACCGGGAGAAAGGCCACGCCAUAAUCGCCGCUCUCCGUGGCCGAAGCGGUGUCCUAGCCACAUUUAACUUAAUCCCCAGCAUUCUGUUCGCCACACGAAAUAACCCCCUGAUCUGGAUCCUGAACGUCAAUUAUGACACUUUCAUGCUUUUUCAUCGCUGGAUUGCUCGUCUUGCUGCCGUGGAAGCAAUUAUACAUACCCUGUGCUGGUUGGUCAAUACAUAUAUCGCAGGCGACUGGGCUGGUGUUCGAGGAUCGCUGGAUGAUGCACUUUCGUAUCGUGUUGCGGCUGUUGCGACGGGGUUGUUGAUCUUCAUUCUCGUGCAGGCUUGGUCGCCUGUUCGUCGGGCGUUUUAUGAUACGUUUGUUACGUUCCAUAGGAUUUCGGUGUAUGGGGCUCUGGUCUGCAUUUAUCUCCAUCUGUAUUAUCAUGGUCUUAGACAGAUUCCGUUCAUGUAUGCGAUCUUUGGGAUUCUUGGAUUCGAAUAUCUCGCUAGGGUUUGGGGAGUUCUGACUUACAAUGUUUCGAUUCGGGGACGACGAUUCACGAAGCUUAGUGUCGAAGCACUACCUGGGAAUAUCAGCAGAGUGACGAUCUCGUUGGCGAAACCUUGGAAGCCGAGACCGGGAGCCAUUGUACAUGUUUACAUUCCUUCGUUGGCACUUUGGACAUCUCAUCCGUUCUCCAUCUCUUGGUACAGCGAGUCCAGUUCUAUAUUGCGGUCAGGAUCGGAAUUCUUCCCAAGUCAGUCGAAGUUCUCGGAAGCUUCUACUGUUUGCACGUCGAGUUCUUCGGUGUACAGCGUCAACACCCUUGGGGAGAGACAGUCAGUCGUUGAGCUCAGACGAGACACAAGAGACGACCAACCGAGUAGUGUAUCAACCAUAACACUCCUCGUCCAUUCCCGUAAAGGCAUGACUCGCAAGCUCCACAAUCGCGCGAAAUGGCACAACGCUACACCAACUUCACCCUUCUACACUGCCUUUGGCAUCAUUGAGUCUCCAUACUCCUGGAGUUCUCGCGAGACUCGCAAUGCAUUCAACUCCUACGGCACAGUCUUACUCCUCGCAGGUGGGAUAGGCAUCACAGGCGUCCUACACCAAAUCCUCGAAAUCGCCUCUCGAGCUAGACGUGGUGACAAUUCCGCGAGGAAAGUGGUUCUCACAUGGGCUGUUGCGAGUGUUGACGCGUUGAGCUGGGUCGAUGAUUGGGUGGAGGAGAUUCUUUAUACUGCUAGAGAGGUUACUAGCUUGGAUUUGGAGAUUAAGGUUUUUGUUAGUGAGAAGAGGGUUAGGACGGAGAAGGAUGUUGAGAAGGGAAAGGAGGAAGUUUCUUUGCCGGCGUGGGUGCAUGAUGCGAGGGUCAAGGUGGAGUAUAAGAAGUGUGAGAUUGAGGGGAUUGUGGGAGAGGUUUUUGAGAAGAGGGUGGGUGCGAUGGUGGUGGGUGUUUGUGGGCCGGGGAGGUUGGCUGAUGGGGUGAGGAAGGCGGUUAGGGGGAGGAUGGGGGAGGGGUCGGUUGAUUUUGUGGAGGAGGGGUUUUCGUAUUAG